CAGUGUAAGGUUAACCCAUACACAAAUUGCAGAACAAAGAGUUUUGAUAUUAUUUCAGUCAACACUACCAGCAUUUUAUAUGUGCAGUUGCAGUGGCAAGGGAAUAAAGCAAUAAACAGCGAUGCCCCAGGGUUAUUCAGUAUCGAAUUAAUCUUCAACACCGUUUCUAUAAUGUGGCCAACUGAAAGGCAAAUAUCAAAUGCCAUCAUUUUUCUGUCGUCAUAUAUAUCUGUACCUACGGCAAAGAAGAUCCAUGUACACUGUUAAUUCCUUCAGUUGCAGCUACGCAACUAGAACACGUUAAACGAAGCAAGAAACCAAACAUGAACCAAGUGAACACUGUCGUUCUCUUGCAUGCGGUUCUCCACUGUCACUUCACAUCAGCGGACUCAAUAAAGAAUUAUUUGUUUGAACACUACAGCGCCAGCAUGAAGCCCCGUAGAAACCAAAACGAACUGGUGGAAAUCGACAUUGCGAUGACAAUCCAGACAGUUCUUAAAGUGGACGAGCGUUUUCAAUACAUUUCUUUUUACGGCUGGUUCGAAGUUCAGUGGCGAGACGAAUUUCUCAUGUGGAACGAAACGGUAUACCAAGGCAUCAAGAAAAUCAGUGUGCCUUAUCAACAUGUGUGGGUCCCAGACAUAUCCAUGUAUUACUCCGAGGAACACAUCCAUGACCUUGGAGUCCAUCCCUUCGUGUCUGUCACGUCUCAAGGUCAUGUGACCUGGUUUCCAGGGGCGAAAUACACCGUACAGUGUUACCUCAAGGUAAAGAAAUUCCCAUUUGAUAGGCAAAAAUGCAGCAUUGUUGUUGCAGCAUGGCAGACGACUGAUUGGAUGCAAAAGUUGGUACCCCGAGCCCGGUCAGUGAACGAGGUAAAGGGGAUUGCCGAAAAUGGAGAGUGGGAAUUCCAAAAUUUUACAUACGAAGAGAAUUAUGAUGCCGAGUUUGACCUUACAAAGAUAGUGUACACUCUGGAAUUUCAAAGAAGAUAUCGAUACUUUUUAUUGUGUACAAUUAUGCCAAUUGUUAUUCUCUCCGUGCUCAAUUCCUUAACGUUCCUAAUCCCUGUAGAAUCUGGAGAAAGGAUUACGUACUGUUUGACUUUGUUUCUGACCUUCACCGUGUUCCUGACCUUGUUUGACCAGACAAUGCCACGCAACUCUAUCGAUGUUCCCUAUAUAACUGUGUUCGUGAGUUUUCAUCUUUUUCUCUGCGUCAUUUCGACAAUGGUGUCUAUUCUAACCAUUUCAUCAAAACGAGGACAGGAGUGUGAUAGCAGAGAUACCCAGAUUGUUCCGCUAGAAAGUCAGGGCGAAGACUUGCACCUAGGGGAGGUCAAUGCCGACGGAAAACGGAGUGGAAGUUCAGGGAAGAACUACCUUAGGAGGACAUUAAAAAUGUAAAAGAAAAUUGCCACCCGACACCACGUGUGCCGACGGAGAAGGAUCUGAAUCUAACCUCAGCGUAAUAACUUGAUAAGCGCAGAACUAAUUAUCAUUCAAGAAGAGGGACGAGAUCAAGCAGACGUGUAUAGAGACAAGGAAA